AUGGCGGAGAGCGAAGGGGCGUCGGAGCUGGAGUGCGGCAUCUGCUGCAUGCCUUACGACCGCUGCGGGCGCGCGCCGCGGCGGCUGGGCGGCGCGCGGGGCUCCUGGAAGCCCUCGCGCUGCCGCCACGUGAUCUGCAGCGCCUGCGUCUGCCAGCUGGCGCGCGAGGGCUGGUGGGAGGAGGUCACGUGCCCCUACUGCCGGGCCGUCACCUCCCUCCGCGAGCGGGGCAACCCGCUGGCGGCCGGCGUGAGGCGGAGCAGCGGCGGCUGGCGGCGCCGCCUGGUCCUGCCGCCCAUCGACGCCGAGCUCUGGCAGCGGGUCGUGCUCCGGGAGCGGGAACGGGAGCAGACCGGCCGCGUGGAGCGCUUAGCCGGCGACGACGACCAAGACCUCGAAGAAGAAGAGGAGCAAGAGAGCGGCGAGGACGUGCAAUGGCGGCCCUGGCGGACGUUGAAGAAACUCCUCAAGGGAGGCAGCCAAGCGCAUGCGCGGAAUGGGAGAGGGCGGGCCCGCGGCGGCUCCGCCUCCAGGUGGCGGAGGCGGCAACCAAUCAACCCCUACGGUUCUGAGACGAAGGACUUGGCCCUGGUGACUUGCUACGUCAUCUGAAAAGGCAACGGUUCACUUAUGCACGGACGAACUGCUUUGUGGUCAGUUACAUCAAGGAGUCCGGCUAUCUGGGAAAGGUAGCAGUGCCCUCUCCAUUUCAGAUAGAUAACGGCAUUCUGCUGUCUUUUUGCAUUACCACGGGGGCAGUGUCGACAGUGGCCCAAGAAGCAUGGACAGAAAUUAUUUCGCCCCUUCCCUUCUCAACUGAAAUGCAGAAGGUGACAGAAGUUACAGCAGAGGAAAGAAUUCUAUAACCAGCCACGUUUGGUGAGAAGAUAUUUCCUUCAAGGUUUAAAAGAACUGAUUUUUUUAUUCUUCAGAACUGUGAAAUGUGUUCCUAAUUUAGACAAAACUUGGAGAUUAUUCUCUGGAAGUGCUUCUCCCUCAGAUAUCCUGGCAAAAUGAUAACAAUCCAUGUGACUAAAAGAAAUAUAUAUAUAUUAAAUGAAUCCUUUUUAUACGACUUGACACGGGUCAUUGAUUCCUUGGAGAAGUAGAACAACGGAGUACUUGGGCGAUCUACUAUAAUCCUUGUUUACGAGGUUUUUUUCUUCCAAUCCGAGAGGCUUGAAAUAUUUUGCACGGCAUCUCUCCAACCUGCAGAGAACAUCAAGAACGUUGAAAACACUGUGAAGUUUAAUUUAUAUUCAUCGUCGCCUCUGGAAUGAUGGUGCAAUGGGCCUUCUGGCCCCUGAAAGUAGUACGGACGUUUCUGCUAGGAAUUUUAUUUCUUUCUCUGGUUGGAUUAGAACCUCCUUCGCGUCCAUACAUCUGAAGUGAAAAAAAAAAAAUGAGGAGAACCCAUCAAAUCUGACUUUUAGGAGUAUCUCUGGUCUGUCGAAGGAGGAGGAAACUUGACCUCUUGAAUUUGUUUGGUUUCUCAGAUGAGGCAUUGAAAUGAAAUAGGCCCAAAGUUUUUAAGAACAGCUCCGGAAAAAAUACCUUCAUUUUUGAAGACAAAUGUACCCUUCGGAUUGUUUUCGACAAAGUCACUGCCGAAUUGUAUCUUUUUUUCAGGGUCAUCCUUUUCUUCGGUUGCACGGCUUAUGAACUGGAAAACCGGUCCUUUUUCUGCCCUUGUUAAAUGGAGAGUUUGCCUCUGGAGACAGAGAGAUCGUAGUGAGAGAUUGCAGUGUCGAGUUUCAAAUGCUGUUAUCUAUGUUUUUUUUUUAAAAAAGGAAUCCAUUUCUGUGAAAUGUGUUUGAAGGCCUUCCUAACUUUAAAUAUUUAUAUUCUGCUUUCGUCGCUUGGCAGUUGUUCAGUUAUUUGAUGUUAAUAAAACGACAUAGGAUUUUAAAGGUUUGCCGGUGACAUAUGAUUGGAAGGGGAUUCCCCCCCUGCGACUGAGGUAGCAACGCACCAACUGGCGUUGUGGUUUUCUGUAGUUGGCAUUGAUCAAAUUCCCCAGCCACGUGCCAUGUCUACCUUGUAACGACGGGCGAAGAAAAGAACUUCCUGCAGCUUCGAGUUUGAUUUCAGGUAGAGAAGCCCGGCAGGUAUUCAAUCCCCGAUUUCUCCAUAGAAAAGAUUGCUCCGAGCUUCCGCCGACCAUAUCCUGUUUGUUCACCGCUCUGGAGCUAUAAUCUUUCCCAACCUCGCGUGACCUACCUGCGACAAAGGUGGCUGCUUUGGAUGGAUUGUGUGGGAGGCCCGCUGAGUCACUCAAACGCGAGACCGACACCCUGGCCCUGGGGCUUUGCGACGGGCUGCGGGAUGUGUGACUCAAGCUUUUGGAGGCCAAAAAGCGCCUCUCA